GUGGCCUCCCCUUGAAGUUAAAAGCAGAAGGAAUGACAAAGGUGUGACUGUGUGUGAUAGACAGGUGUUCAGACCUGAGCUACAGUGAGGAUUUUACCUUUAAAACCCAGGAACAGAGCUGUCUCCAGAGGUGAGAGUCCAAAAUGAGCUCCUACUCAACUUCCAAGACCAAAGCGCUCGAGGACAGCAAGAAGAAAACCUCUCUGCUGAAGGACAACAGCUGGAUCCGAAAAAAUGCUGAUGAAGACGAGCCCGUCGACCAAGACCCAAACUUUGGCAAAAGUGUCUUGAGUCGAGUGAAUAACACUGAUACUACUGACAGUGGCUCAGAACCCAAGUCAACAAGAACAACUAAAGCAAGUUCAUCCUCAUCUGUUCAAGCUCUCACCAAGAGGUUCAGUGGAAGCACAGAUGACCUGAAAACCAUGACACCGUCUUACUACUCAAAAAGAACUUCCGGUGGGAAGACAGAAACAUCCAGCCCCACUAAAACCACAGCUGUGACUAAGGAUGGGACAACUGAGACCACCACCCAAAGUGUCAAGUCUCCUGUGACCAAAACACCCACUAAAACUGAGACGUUCAUGGAGCGCGUCAAAUCCUCAAGCAGAGAGUCACAGUACUCGAGCUACUCGCCUACCAAGACAACAAAACCGACUAUUACCACCACUAAAGAGGCAGACGACCAACUUUACAACUCACUGAAACCCUCACCUUUGAAGGACGACUCCCUAACUAAAGACAGCAAAACAACCGUGCCCACAACUAAGACUGUAACGGUGAAAAGUAGCAGUGAUGCAAUUGCUGAGGACAAACUCUAUGACACACUGAUCCCCAGUGCUGUCAAGAGUGGAGACAGCAAAAAAACACCUGUGUCCAGCAGUGAGACUGUGACGGUGAAGAGCUCCAAAGAGCCAGAGGACCGACUUUACAACUCACUGAAACCCUCACCUUUGAAGGACGACUCCCCAACUAAAGACAGCAAAACAACCGUGCCCACAACUAAGACUGUAACGGUGAAAAGUAGCAGUGAUGCAAUUGCUGAGGACAAACUCUAUGACACACUGAUUCCCAGUGCUGUCAAGAGUGGAGACAGCAAAAAAACACCUGUGUCCAGCAGUGAGACUGUGACGGUGAAGAGCUCCAAAGAGCCAGAGGACCGACUUUACAACUCACUGAAACCCUCACCAUUGAAGGACGACUCCCCAACUAAAGACAGCACAACAACCGUGCCCACAACUAAGACUGUAACGGUGAAAAGUAGCAGUGAUGCGAUUGCUGAGGACAAACUCUAUGACACACUGAUUCCCAGUGCUAUCAAGAGUGGAGACAGCAAAAAAACACCUGUGUCCAGCAGUGAGACUGUGACGGUGAAGAGCUCCAAAGAGCCAGAGGACCGACUUUACAACUCACUGAAACCCUCACCAUUGAAGGACGACUCCCCAACUAAAGACAGCACAACAACCGUGCCCACAACUAAGACUGUAACGGUGAAAAGUAGCAGUGAUGCGAUUGCUGAGGACAAACUCUAUGACACACUGAUUCCCAGUGCUAUCAAGAGUGGAGACAGCAAAAAAACACCUGUGUCCAGCAGUGAGACUGUGACGGUGAAGAGCUCCAAAGAGCCAGAGGACCGACUUUACAACUCACUGAAACCCUCACCUUUGAAGGACGACUCCCCAACUAAAGACAGCACAACAACCGUGCCCACAACUAAGACUGUAACGGUGAAAAGUAGCAGUGAUGCAAUUGCUGAGGACAAACUCUAUGACACACUGAUUCCCAGUGCUAUCAAGAGUGGAGACAGUAAAAAAACACCUGUGUCCAGCAGUGAGACUGUGACGGUGAAGAGCUCCAACACUGUAGAUGACACCAAGACACCAACAGUCACUGUAAAGUCCUCCUCAACGCCCAAGGAUAACCUCUAUGACACCCUCCUGCCUAAAGCCAUCACACCUCCUGUCAGUUCAAGCAAAACCGAGAAGGAUAUUAUCACAGUAAACACCAAAAAAGAAGUCGAAACCCCAUCAACACCAUCGUCCACGCGCAGCGUCAGCUACAGCUCAUACACUGACGAUACUCCCUAUACUCCCACCAGCUCAUACAGUGACUAUAAAACCUACUCCUACUCCAGACCAGACUCCAGCUAUGAGUAUAGCAGCCUCAACAGCCCCUCUCUCUACAGCUCCACAUCAUACUCUUCCACAAAGAGUGCUUAUCAGUCCCCUGACAGGCCUGUGCUGGAGAAGGACCUGUGCACCACCUGCCGAAAGCCCUUCACUGGAGACGCCAAGAUGGUCCUGGACGACAUGAAGAUCAACUGCCACGCCACCUGCUUCAAAUGUGAUGUCUGCAACGGCUCUCUGGGCUACAUGAAAGCUGGGGACAGCAUGUGGAUCUACAAGCGCAAGGUGCACUGCGAAAACUGCUUCGAGAGCACCAGAGAAAAAUGGCGCCGCUGAGCCUCCUCACAGAUUACUGCAUUCUGAUGGUGUGGGUGACGAGGGUCUUACUAAGACGUCUUUAAGUGGGUGCUUUGGACAAAAAAAUCACAGUUACAUAAUGUAAAUUACGUUUUCAUGUGACUCUACAGGCCACACAUGGCAUGAAAUCUACUAGUAUAUCUGUAUUAUAAUACUCCUGUCUCUACCUCUACACUGUAAGUCUUUCUGUGCUCUCUUUAAUGUGUCACUUCUCGGGGGACUCUUGUGAGUAACAUGACAGGGUAUUCUACAAUAUUGAGGGCCGGGGUUUUUUUCUUUGUGCAAUAAGGGCAAAUUUCUAAAAAAAAAACUUCUUUAUUUACAUUUUUUCUUGAACGUCCCUGUUCUUUGGGUCUAUGUUUACUGCUAAAUUAUUAUGUGAUAAUACAGAAAAAAAAAGAUAAUAAAGAAAGGCUUGUACUUAAAUAAAAUUUUAAAUUACUGAAGACUGUGUUGUUGUUGUUUUAAACCAGAUGCUAAAAUCUCAAGUAAAAGGUCAGGCUGUCUCUAUUGUUAGAGGGGAAUUUAAGAAUAUCUGUUUGCAAUUCUCUAUACAAGUGUGUCUCUGCCUUUGCCAAAUAAAGUUAAUGCAACAAUGUAUGUUAAAUAUACUUUUCAAAUUAUUAAAGCACUCUGCAAUGUUGUUUUUGUAUUUUUCAACUGCAAUGGAAUAUAUUACGUAUUGGAACAGCAAACAGCAUUUGAUCAGCACUGUGUCUACUGCUAAUUGAAAGACAGCCCUAAAGAGCAAUAAAGUCACAAUACUUGGUAUGUAUGUAAAAUACUUGGAGUACAUUACUUGUUUUUCAAUAACUUUGUCAAUAAACUGAAUUCAAAAUCAA